AUGGAUGGCUGGCACUACACUCGCUCCCAGCUGGAUCAAAUGGAGGAUCCAUGCGAGGCACAUCGCCGGCGUGGCGCCGCGUUCACAUUUGAUGCGGAGUCGUUCGUGGCUUUUGUGCAACGUGCCCAAGACUGUUUAGAUGUGCCUAUCUGGGCCCCUGCUUUCUCACAUGCUGACAAGGAUCCUGUGCCGGACGCGAUCCGGAUCGAGCCCACGCACCGCGUACUACUGUUCGAAGGUCUCUACUGCUGCCUGGACGAAGAGCCAUGGGUCCAAGCGGCGCGCUGCUGGGACCGCGCCUGGUUUCUGCAUGUUUCCACCCAAGUGGCGCGCUCGCGACUCAUCCAGCGCCACCUCGAAUCCGGUAUCGUACAUGAUGAGGCGGACGCUGCCGAGCGCGGUAUCCGAUACCAAUGA